AUGCGCUUUUAUGUGAGCGGAAAGUGGGGCUUUUCACUGCUAUGGGGCUACUACGGCUCGGUGCUUCCCCUCGCAGUCGUGAUGGCUCUGCCAAAUGCGGCAAUCGCCUUCACUUUGGCUACCCUUCACGAGAUCGAUGUCUACGAGCAGGACCAGGACACUGUCAACACCGCCUGGAGCAUCCUUGGCAUCUUCAGUACUUGCAUGUUCUUCGUGCUGAACUUCAGAAGUACGAUUGCCUACAACAGGUGGUGGGAAGGCGGCACUCUGCUACAGCAGACCCGCGGAGAGUGGUUCAACUGCUUCAGCAGCCUCGUUGCAUUCACUAAUCCAGCUCCAGAGCUGGCAUGCAAAGUGGAGGAAUUCCAACACCUUCUCGUCCGUCUCAUGAGUCUGCUCUUUUGCUGUGCGCUGCAGCAAGUCUCGCCAGACAGGGAUAGGCCCUUUGAAGUAUUGUCGCCUGCUGGCAUCGAUCCCGCCAGCCUGUCAAUGCUUUCGAAGAGCAAGGACAAGGUGGAAGUAAUUUUGCAGUGGCUUCAGCGACUGAUCACGCUGAGCAUGCAGGACAGCAUCAUUGUGGUCGCACCGCCGGUGGUUACCCGUGCGUACCAAGAGCUGUCCCGCGGCAUUGUGAAUUUACAAAAUGCGAGAAAAAUUGCGGAGUUUCCAUUCCCGUUCCCUCUCGCACAAGUGAGUAUGGCCAUGCUAUGCCUGCACUGGGCCCUUGUUCCCGUCCUUUGCAGCAUGCUUCUCGGAAGAGUUCUUGCAGCUUGCGUCUCCUUCGUUGUCAUUUGCUUUCUGUGGGCACAGAAUUUCAUUGCGCUGCAGCUCGAAUCACCUUUCGGCUGCGAGCCCAAUGAUUUGCCCAUGCAUCAGAUGCAAGGCGACUGGAACACGAGUCUACGCGCUCUGAUGAAUCCUGUCGCCCAGCGACCUCCGUCGUUCUGUUUUGACCCGGACUUGCACUAUCAGUUCUCUGUGGUCAUGUCGAACAGCGCCAUCCCGAACAAAAGGAGGGCGACGUCCUACGACUGA